CACACAGCUCCGCAUCUUCACUCUCACAGUAAAUUCACCCUUCUAAGGCUCCACAACAGCAGCAUUCAACAGCAGCCAUUUGGAGAGAGGAUUUCAGUGAACAGCCCCUGUGAGCCUGCAUUGAGAAUGGCCUGCAGAUAGAGUUGUAAGCAUCUAAAGACGCACCGCCCCAAUGGAAGUGACAGAUAAAACCAAUUCUUUGCACAAGGCGCAGCUGGCCAACUCCACAUGGAACUUCUACCAACAGAACUACACCAUAGCUCCUCCCUCCCUAAAAGACAAGACAAGCCCUUCUGCUGCUGCAGCAUGCGAGCAGGUCCACAUCGCUGUGGAGGUUUUUCUCAUUCUUGGCAUCGUUUCUCUGCUGGAGAACAUCCUGGUGAUCACAGCCAUAGUCAAGAACAAGAACCUGCACUCCCCCAUGUACUUUUUUGUCUGCAGCCUGGCGGUGGCAGACAUGCUGGUUAGCGUGUCCAAUGCCUGGGAGACCAUCAUCAUUUACCUGCUUAACAACAGACAGCUGGUGGUGGAGGAGCACUUUAUCAGGCAGCUGGACAACAUCUUCGACUCCAUGAUCUGUAUCUCUGUUGUUGCAUCCAUGUGCAGCCUGCUGGCCAUUGCUGUGGACAGGUACGUUACAAUCUUCUAUGCACUGAGGUACCACAACAUCAUGACGAUGAGGAGAGCGGGCUGCAUCAUUGGUGGAAUCUGGAUCUUCUGCACAGGAUGUGGAAUAGUCUUCAUCCUCUACUCUGAAACCACCCCUGUCAUCAUCUGCCUGGUCUCCAUGUUCUUUGCCAUGCUUCUCAUCAUGGCCUCCCUUUACAGCCACAUGUUUAUGUUGGCCCGUUCGCAUGUCAAGAGGAUUGCUGCUCUUCCUGGUUACAACUCCAUCCACCAGAGGGCCAGCAUGAAAGGGGCCAUUACACUCACUAUCCUCCUGGGAAUCUUCAUUGUCUGCUGGGCACCCUUCUUCCUCCAUCUGAUCUUGAUGAUCUCCUGUCCACGCAACUUGUACUGUAUGUGCUUCAUGUCCCACUUCAAUAUGUACCUCAUCCUCAUUAUGUGUAACGCAGUGAUUGACCCGCUGAUCUACGCCUUCAGGAGUCAGGAGAUGAGGAAGACUUUUAAGGAGAUCAUCUUUUGUUUUAGUUUGACAAACAUCUGUACCAACCUCUGUGCUCUGACCGGUAAGUACUAAGAACAGAGAAAACCAUGAGCAGGAAGCAUGCCAUGAACUUGACAGGAUCUACAGCCAAAUGACUGACGUGUGCAGCAAACUGAGGAACCUUGAUAUGUAUUGAAAACAGCAUCUUCAAAUAGUCUCUAUGUUGUAUCAAACAGCGCAUCCACAGAUGCAAAUACUCUGCCAGCUCCAUCUGAAAAUAUGAGCUAGUUAUUAUGCUUGUUAGCAUGAAACCGAUGCCAAUGUCUUUACAUCUAUUUCUCAUUUUUGUGGCAUGCUCUGAUCAAAAAGAUUACAGGGAACAACACACUGGGACCUGAAAACUCUGUUAAAAAAAUUCAGUCACUUUGUGUCUAAUUUCGAUGGUCUUUAUUUAACAGACUAUAUUCGUAUGAAAAAUUGAAAAGUUACUAUUGAAUGUCAAAGACAGGGAAACUUGACACGAGGAAUUAAUCCAGAUGCGGCUCUAGAAAUACCUCCAGAUUCCAGCUCUUCAUGUAGAUGAGUGACAGGUAGCUCUUCUUUUGCAUGCAGCUGCAACCCUGACAUUUGCCAGGGAACCUCGAUAUGAUAGGCAGCUGAAGGAAUGGGAACACCUCCAAACUCAGAAUAAUGGAGCUAAGCUUAAAUCUUAAAGGAGAGUAAGUAUAACUAAUACAGAAGACUAAAGUGGUCUAAUCUGGACUUUACUGUAUUUUAAAGCUACAAAUCGUGAUCCAAGUUUCUGGAUUAUUGUGAUUCUGUCUGCUAACAAGAGAAGAAUUUGGUUCCUCUCACAUCCCCAUGCAGACAUGCUACAUUCACUGUCCGCUAGAAGAACACUGUGGCAGAAUCGGGUGUAAACAGCUGACUUCCAACCUGCUGCUUUUUUGAAUGUGAAGUGAACUCUUUUCUGUCUCUGUGCAUUUACAUCCCAUCUGUUUUCUGAUUUAUAGAGACGCCAUCAGGUUACUCUUGAAUGUAAAAAAAAAAUGUAGAUAUUGUGUGGGUGGUAGACCGAAUGUAAUGCAGCAUUGCUUUGUGCCACACACUAAAACAGCUCUUUUGUGUCUCAUGUCAGUAUUUUUUGCACACAAAAUAGCUUUGUUCAUUCAUUAUUACUUCAUGUGUUACAUUUUUUUUAUGCUGGGAAAAGGUAUGAAUUUGAAAGAAAACAGGGUGAGACAGUGAGAGGGAAGAACUAGUUUCCUUUUGUACUGUACUGUCCUUACUGUUGAUUUCUGUGCAAUUUAUAAUAAAAACAUUCCUUAAAGACCAGGGAAAUCAAUAGAAA